CAAGGAGGGUAUUCAACGUAUGUUUGGGUGCCGGACGCCCGCUACACCGUCCUCGUGCCAUCGACGUUGGACCUAUCUGUCGCAGCGACGUUACCGUGUGCGGCGUUGACGUCAUUUAACGCUCUCGGCAAGAUUAAAGCGAAAAUGGAAGAGCUGUCAAAGAUCUAUGACUCUCCGUGGUUAGUCGUGGUCGGCUGUGGAGGGCUUGGCAUGUGGUGUCUAAACCUAGCCCGAUACUGUCUGCCAAAGACCACGAACAUCCUCGCUGUGGACAUUUCGCCUGCUAAUCUGUCUGUCGUUAAGGACUGUGAAACUCUUCUGUUACCUGACCAAGAUGAAGAAAUCGUGCAGCAGUUGAGAACAAAGACGCAUGGCGGCGCGUGCACAAUCAUUGACUUCGUUGGAUCAAGUCAGACAGUGGGAGCUGCCUUAAACUCACUGAGAAAGGGCGGCCAGUAUCAUGUUAUCGGUUUGUAUGGAGGAUCACUGAUCACUCAACCAGAGAAGCUGAUUUCAAACACCACCGCCAUUACCGGAAGUCGUACCGGAAGUCUCCACAGUCUUCGUGACCUUGUGAAGCUGGUGGACGAUAACAAGAUCAACGGACCCCCAGUGGAACACGUGACUUUGACGGAAGUAAAUCGCGUGCUGGUGGACCUAAGGGAAGGCCGGGUAAGAGGAAGAGCCGUAGUGAAAUUUGACUAGGUCCGUCCAUGAUUUGAGCGGACAUCACUAUCGCUUUUGCGCGAUAAGAAAUCCACAACGAUCAGAUUUAUCUCUCCUUUGCUGCAUCUGACUGUCACAAAAACCCAUU